UUGGCGUUAACAUGAAAUUGUCAUUAAUUGUUACGGCAAAUUGGAAUAGCGAAAUUCAGCUGUGCAAGUAAUUCAGUAAUAUGCACAGGAGAAACAAAUUAAAAGUAUGAGGGAGGGGCCGACGUAACGACAACAACGCUUUUCAAUGAAAUUUACUCUAAAUUGUUUUGUGUACGUCUAAAUGGGAUCUAAAAUAACCGACCAAAAUGUGUUGUAUCUUCACCUGCUGCGGUUGGAUGGUAGAUCUCAUCCAGAGAUUAUGGGUGUUCCUGAUGUCCUGCUGCAUAAGUUCCGCAGUGGGUUGUGUGAUGGUCACAUCAUCGAUGUCAGGGAUCGCUCUGGGAUACAACUACUCUCUGGCUGAGUAUAUCGAAUUGAAAGAGACCAACGUUUCCAUCUACUUGAAGAGAGGUAUCUUUGAUGAUGAAGUCGCAGACGAUAUGGAAUGGAGACGCAGUGGUCAUCACUCUCGGAAGGGGCAUUUGUCGGAUGAAAAUCUUAGGACCGGAGCUCCGGCAGACGACGAAACUACUUCAAUAAGGUCUGGUCGGAGACUGGAUGACUCCGUGUUCGAUGCUGAUGACCAGAACAAGUUUGAAGGUUCCUUGAUGAAGCUCACAGCUAAACCAGUCCACCUGGAGACCACAAAGCCCCAAAUCACCGAUGAUUUCGAGAUGUCUGAACUCGCAACAAAAUAUCCACGAGGAUCCUUAGAUCACAUGAAAGCGGUACAGGGUCUGAUCGAAUCCAGGCGACGUAUGGCUGCUAGUGGGACCACACUCACACCGGUGGCUACCUACCCAUUAGAUUUCCUACCAUACCUUCCGGCGAAUAAUAAUCCUUUAGACCCUAGUAACCGUGACGCUCCGUUAAGACGUAGAAUGGAACAAGGUGGUAACGAUUGGCCUCCUAACAUGAACCCUGCAAGGCUUGCCGUACCUGAUGAAAGUAUUGGAUCACGUGACAACUGGGUAAUCCCAAAAAAUCCUUACUUGUUUAAGCAACAGCAAGUUCCAGAUUAUUUUAUUUUAUCACCAACAUACCCAUCAGCUAUUACGAUAGCUCCUAAUCUAGUCAGACCUUCGUAUAGUACAAAAAAAGAAGGCGAAGGAGCUAUAAUAUUUGUCACGAGGAUGAUAGCUCAUACUUCGUCUACUGUAAAGACGCCAGAGGUUAUGAUAGAAAAAGAACCGGAGCUGCCUGAGACAAAAAUGCCGAUGCCGUUGCCGUUGCCGAUGCCAAUGCCAAUGCCAGAAGUCGAUUUGCCAAGAAAUAAUAUAAACUUAAAUGAUAUUAAAGCCAACGAUGUUAAAUUGCCAAAGAUGGAGAAGUCCUCUGAAGAAGAAUAUGAAGAUGAAAUCAAAGGUCUUCCAGUUCGGAAGCGGAGAAAUGCAGAGGUUAAUAAUGAAUCUCACCGUGGCAAAGCUGAGAACAGGGAUGACAACAACAACCAAAAAGCGGUUGAAGAUACUCCUAAUUUAAAAAGCAAACGCAAACAAUCCCUACUGAACCAUUUAAUAACGGCUAUGAAAUCAAGUAAAGUAACAUUAGAAGAAGUUACACCAAAGGAAAUUCCAACACCAAAAGGUACAAGGGGAUCUUUCGAGAGUAAAAUAGUCUCAAGUAAAUAUGCACCUAAUGAUGACGUAACAAGGUUUAAUGUAAAACAGACAACGGUUGGUCAAGUUUUGUUGAGUAGUACUGUAAAUCUAAAUGAGGACGUUGGGUUAUUCAAGAAACCAGCUUCGAGGUAUUUUCUUAAUUUGUUUUUUUCGUAGUGUCUGUAACUGUAUCGUUGAUUGUACAUUGUA